CGCCUCUUUUCCCCAUUCGCAAAACUCACCUGAAAAUUCACCACCCUCUCUUCUUUUUUUGUUUCUUUCAUUAUUACUCUACAAUCUUUCUCUUCACUUCACCUUACUUCUCCCAAUUUGUUUCGUUCAAAAUCCCCAAGAAUAAUCGAAAACCUAUCGAUCUUCAAGUAUUAACGCGAGAUCGUCCAGAUCAAAUGAGUGACUGUCGAAGUUUUGGCAGCAAUUAUCAUCCAUCCAGCCAAUCUAGAAAGAUAUCAAUAGGAGUCACUGUAGACUCCUUAGCUAAGAGAAAAACUGGAACCACCAAGGAAAAUGAGGGUAAACUGCCGAACACAGAAAGAAGCAAACCUAGCACUGGAAUUUCCACUGAGGGAAAAACCAAAGGGGAAGCUGUCAAAACUGCCAAGGGGAGGCAAACUGAAGAUGCUGAGCAGGUUAAAUCUCCAUGGAUUACUCCUAGAUCCUUUCAUAAAAAAUCUCUUGCUCCAGAGACUAUCUUUUUCCCAGAAGAAACUUCUAACUCUAGACAGAAGAAACUUAAUGCAAUGAAGGAUGUGGCAUUAACACAUUCAGUUCAGUUUUUUUCAAACCAAACCUUGAGUCCACAGAAUGUUGGUUGCAACCAGAAUAAGCAUGAUGGUCUCACCUACAAAAGGAAAGGAGGGAAGGAUGGCAACUCACAGACAGUUGAGGAUUUCAAUUUUUCAAAUGCACAUAGAGAAUUUCUUGAGUCAGAUAAAGUGGUGUUAGAGGACAAAGCAGAUAAAAGACAAAACGUUCAAACUGAAGCUUUGAAAAUCAAGCUGCAGGAGUUAUUGGGAACUGUUUCUUCACCAAAAAGUCAGCAAUCUAGCUCACAGUCUCAUGAGUUCAAUGCCAAUAAUUUAAGACCAGAGAUAAUCACUAAUAAUAUGGGAGACACAGUUGCAAAGCCCAGACAAAAUUCAGAUACUAUAGAAACUGAUUCAGACAAUCCUGAUAACACUAUUAAGAGGCCAGUAACCCGUUCUUUGACUCGAAAAAGAGCUGCAGCCAAAGUGCAACCAGACAAAACUAAAGUUGGUUUAUCCUCCAAUCAGAAACGUCGAGAAAGCAUCUUCUCUUUUGGAGAAGGAAGGCCUAUGAAGCUAGGUGGUUCUGCCAAUGGUGGCUCAUCCUUGUCCAGGAAAAUGAAAAUUCAGAAGAAAAGUUCUAAAAUUGAUCCACGUAGAAUCUGUUUUCCUGAAGAGGAUAAUGCAGAUGAGAUUCAACAAACAACUUAUAGGAGUGAAACUUCAGUGCCUGCAGAGAAGACUUCUUUACUUGGUAAUAAUAUUGAAAGCUUUCCUGGCUCCUUCAAUGAGAAAAGUAGAGAAAACUUUGAAAAGGUUCAAGACAAGGAUUCUGUGUAUUCUCCAGUGAUCAACAAGACAAACCAGCAGGUUAAUUUUGACAAUCCAAUAUCACCAGAAAAAGGGGAAAAACAAGAAGAUUUAGCUAAUAUAUCUUUGAGGAAUGUUGUGCAUACACAACAUGAUUUCCAAAGUCCUACUUUUGAAUGCAGAACACCUACUUUAAAUACUUCUCCGAGCCCAACACCAAAAACUGUGGAUAUAGAGCAAGGUGAUUGCAGUUUUGUACCGUUAGAGAGAGGAUUUAUCAUAGGAAAUAUCAGGAGCUUCAGGACUUUCCAAUGUUCAAAACCAGUUUGUAAUAAAUUCAUUGCACAAUCUCAGUCACCUGAUGAUGCAGAGAAGCAUAUCAAUUCAUCACUUCGGAAUCCAAUGCCUAUUAAGGAAAACAUUGAUGCAGUAAAUGAGCAUUCUGAACCAUCAUCAGAGGAGAGGUGGUCAGAGAGCUUUGAAGAAGGAUCGCCCAUUAUUAAAAGAUAUGACUGUCACAGAGAAAAUAUAAUCUCACCAGAGACAGUUAUUGCUGAGAAACCAAAUUUGGUGCAUUGUCCAAUCAAAAGACUUCAAAACCAUGAAGAUGUCGGACUUAGUGAAUUCAGUCCCACCUCACCCUCUCAAAAAGAAGGGGUUGGGGAUGGAGAAAGUUAUUGGUUCCAGGAACCCUCAGAACAGGACCAAGAAGAUGAACUGACAAGGGCUGUUACAUUGUUUGCUUUGGCUUUAGAAACUUUUAAACAGAAAAUGGAUUCAGCAACUAGAAAGAAGUCCUCUGAGAUUUUGAUGUCCAUUUCUGAGGAGAUUAAGUCGUUGCUGCUGAAUGCUGAGUCUCAGAUUGAAUCUGAUAUAUGGAAGCUGACUAGUCUCAGUAAAACAAAAAGGAAACGCCUGGAAACAAGAUUUCAAGAGAAACAAGAACAAUUGAAGCUGAUACUUGAAAAGUUCAUGGAGGAUAUACAUCACCAUCUUUUGGACUGCAGAAGUACCCUUGAAGGGAUGGAAACUCACCAAAUUGAGUUGAAGGGAAUCAUGAAGAAACAAAAAGCAUCACACCAGAAGCUUCUCGUGCAUGUGGAAGAGGCAGUUGAAAACCAAAUUAAUAAUGCUGAAAGAAGAAUCACAGCUGUCCACGAGUCGGCAAGGGAAAAGAUGCUCCAGCUAAAACAUGUAAUAGCUGAGUGCUUGAAAGACAGUAUAUCCUAGCAUGACAGAGGCCUGAAGAUCACUUUGUAAGUUUUGUAUGUCCUAACAUUUUCCUAAUACCUUAUUCUACUUAGCCAUUGAUUAUUCAUCUCUCAAUAUGUCCAAGAGAACCCUAUAGGUAACAGUGGAGACAUCAGAUAUUCUUUGAGUGGCCUGUAACUUGAGUUCUUGAUGCCCACGGUACUUCGAGUAGUAUGAUUGGAUUUAGACAAAUAUGUAGAGAAUUUUGGACAAUAGUGAAUUAGAUUUAUGGCCCGCAAGUAUUUUAAAGUGAUUCUGAUAUGUAAUUGCAUUGUAUCUGUAGUAACUCUUUGUUGUCUAAUACAUGUGAGCCGAGAUGAUGCCACUUGUAUUUUCUGAAGAUUUGGUCGGUUUUAUUCUACAUCACCGUAAAUGGAGGAAAAUGAUAGUACUAUUUUCUUU